AUGGCGCGUUUACGCCUAUCAUCGCUCAUGGCGCUCCUCGGAGCCGUCUUCUUCCUCUCUGCCAAUGUCAUGGCCGUCUCGGCCGUGCUCGGCGUCGAUCUCGGCACCGAAUACAUCAAGGCCGCCCUCGUCAAGCCGGGCGUGCCCCUCGACAUUGUCCUGACCAAGGACUCGCGGCGUAAAGAGGCGUCCGCCGUCGCCUUCAAACCCGCGCCCGGCGGCGCCAAGCCAGACCAGUUCCCCGAGCGCGCCUACGGCGCCGACGCCCUCGCACUCUCCGCCCGCUUCCCCGGCGAAGUCUAUCCGAACCUCAAGACCAUCCUCGGCCUGCCCGUGGGCGACGCCAUCGUCGCCGACUACGCCGCGCGCCACCCGGCCCUGCAGCUGCAGGCACACGCCUCGCGCGGCACGCCGUCCUUCAAAACCAACACGCUCACCGCCGAGGAGGAGUCCUGGAUGGUCGAGGAGCUGCUGGCGAUGCAGCUCCAGAGCAUCCAGAAGAACGCCGAGGCGCUCGCUGGCGAGGGCUCGUCUGUCCGCUCCGUCGUCAUGUCCAUCCCGCCCUUCUAUACCACUGAGGAGCGCCGCGCCCUCCAGCUCGCUGCCGAGAUGGCAAACCUCAGGGUCCUCAGCAUCAUGAGCGACGGUCUGGCUGUUGGCCUCAACUACGCCACCAGCCGUCAAUUCCCUAAUAUCAACGAGGGUGCCAAGCCUGAGCACCACCUGGUCUUUGACAUGGGCGCCGGCUCCACCACCGCCACUGUCCUCAAGUUCCAGAGCCGCAACGUUAAAGACGUUGGCAAGUACAACAAGACCGUCCAGGAGGUUCAGUCCCUCGGCGCCGGCUGGGACCGCACACUCGGUGGCGACGCUCUCAACUAUCUCAUCACGGAUGACAUGGUUUCGCAGUUUGUUGAGUCCAAAUCGGCCCAGAAGAUCUCUGCCACCUCGGGGGGCGUUCGGGCCCACGGACGUGCCAUGGCCAAGCUUAUCAAGGAAGCGGAGCGCGUACGCCACGUCCUGAGCGCCAACCAAAAUACCGGCGCCAGCUUCGAAGGUCUCUAUGAGGAUGUCGACUUCAAGUACAAGCUGGGGCGUGCCGACUUCGAGGCCAUGGCCCAGGACUUCCCCGACCGAGUUGCCGCCGUUGUGAACAACGCUCUUAAGAUGGCCGGACUUGAUAUCGUCGACAUCGACACUAUUAUCCUCCACGGUGGCGCUACGAGAACCCCUUUUGUUCAGAAGGCUCUUGAAAAGGCUAUCGGCUCCGCUGACAAGAUUCGCUCCAACGUCAACUCUGACGAGGCUGCUGUGUUUGGUGCUGGCUUCCGUGGUGCCCAGCUAUCUCCUAGCUUCCGCGUCAAGGAGAUUCGCAUCUCCGAGGGGUCCAUGUACAACGCCGGCAUCAAGUACACCAACGCCAAGGGCAAGGAACAGCGUCAGCGUCUCUGGACUGCCGCCUCUCCUCUUGGCGGUGUUCCCAAGGAGCUUUCGUUUACCGAUCUCAAGGACUUUUCCGGUAGCUUUUUCCAGCAGGUCGGCGAUGAAGACCAGACUAUUGCUACGUUUUCUGUUAAGAACCUGACUGCCACGGCUGCUGCUCUUGAAGACAAGUAUCCCUCGUGCGUCGACUCCGAAACCGUCUUUAAGCUGGCUCUUAAGCUCGCCAGCGAGAAUGGUGAGGUCGCGGUCGCCUCGGCUGUUGUGGAAUGUGAGGCCGAGGUUAAGGAGACUCUGAUUGACGGUGUUAAGAACCUCUUUGGAUUUGGGAAGAAGGAGUCAUUUGAGGAUGGUACCGACGGCAAGGCGGAUGCUACCAAAUCCAGCAAAAAGCCUACAAAGUCUAGCAAGUCCAAGAAAUCGUCCAAGACGUCCAAGGCGUCCAAGUCGUCCGAGACGUCUGAGAGCUCUUCAUCUUCUACUGAGUCGGCUUCUUCCUCUAUCGACGCCAAAGACUCCAAGUCGACUGAGGCAGUCGAAGCGCCUAAGGAAGAUGUUAAGAAGAAGGAGCUUGUCAACAUUCCCGUCCAAGUUAUUAUCGAGAAGGCCGGUAUCCCCCAGUUUACUAAGGAAGAGCUCACGACUUCCAGGGACCGACUCAAGGCCUUUGCCGCUUCUGAUAAGGCUAGAAUUCAACGCGAGGAUGCCCUGAACAAGCUCGAGGCAUUUACCUAUCAGGUUAGCAGUCUUCUUGAGAAUGAUGACUUCGUUGCCAAGUCCACCGAGAAAGAGCGCACUGCCCUCUCUGAGAAGGCUAGGGCGGCUAGCGACUGGCUUUACGAGGACGGCACAACUGCCACCAAGGACGAAUUGACGGCCAAGCUCAAGUCGCUCCAAGACCUUGCCGAGCCGAUUCAGAAGCGUGUUCAAGAGUCAACUGCGAGACCCAAGGCUGUCAAACAGCUCAAGACUAUCCUGGAUCAGACGGAUAAGUUCCUUGAGGGCAUCUACAAGCAAAUUGACGACCACGAGGAGUAUCUUGCCAGCUCCUCUGCAGCCUCUAGCUCCACCCCUACCUCUUCCGCCCCUGCCGAGUCAUCGACUGGUGAUUUUGACGGCCUCGAAGAUGAGGACGCAACCGAGGCCCCCAAAGAAGAGGUAGAGGAGGAAAAGCCUGCGGCAGCCAUUCCACCCCUAUAUAAGCGCGAGGACCUCACCGAGAUUGAGAAGCUCAACACUGAGACGAGACAGUGGCUGAAGGAGAUGGAGACCAAGCAAGACAAACUUGGCGCCACUGAGGACCCCGUUCUUCUUAGCAGCGACGUAGCUGCUAAGGAGGACAAGCUGACCAAGGCGAGUAUGGAGGUUGCGAUGAGAGGCAUCCGCACGUUCAACCCCAAGAAGCCCAAGGCCAAGAAGCCAACCAAGUCGAAGGGCAAGGGCAAGGGCAAGGGCAAGGGCAAGAAGUUCGAGGCCGGUGACCUUGACGCCGAAGUGUUUGGCGAGGGUAUCGACCAGGAGGAGCUUGACAGGAUUCUGGAUCAGAUCCGCAAGCGCCAGGCUGAAGAGGGGAAGAAGGAGGGCGAGGGGAAGAAGACGGAGGGCGAGAGCAAGAAGAAGGAUGACAAUACGGAGCAAAUACAUGACGAGCUAUAA